GGCCCCCAGCCCAGCCUUGCUGCAAACUACGACUCCCAGCAAGCAUCUCUUCCCGGCCGCCUCUCUCAGCCUGGUGCGCAUGCUUUGGCAGACGUGGCACCGGGAACUCGGAGGCGGGGAGCGGCUGGGAAGCGGCCGUGGCUGUUGGACCCGAGGGAGCUGCGGGCGCGGGAGCUGGAGUGGAGAGCGUAGCCGGCCGUAGGCAGCGGCGGCAGGGAUGGCGCGGGUCGGGCGGGCAUGGCUGCUGCUGCUGCUGGCGGUUUCGGUGGUCCUGUUGGUGCAGCUGUCCUCCACAAAGGUCUCCUCACUCAUCGAGAAAAUUUCUGACCCCAAGGACUUGAAAAAACUUCUCAGGACCCGGAAUAAUGUGCUGGUGCUGUACUCCAAAUCUGAGGCUGCAGCUGAAAGUCAUCUCAGGUUAUUAUCCACUGUGGCCCAGGCCGUGAAAGGACAAGGCACCAUCUGCUGGGUCGACUGUGGGUAUGUCCUGGGGACAUGGGGCGUGGAGGCUGGAGGGCAGGGCCUCCUUGGGGCAUUCGGAGGGUGGGGUAGGGAAUUGUCCCUGAUGAACGCUCGGGAGAGAGGACAUGAUGGCGAGAUUGCGGUAGGAAAGCCUCUCUCCCCUUACCGCAGGGUCACCCAUGGACUAGAGAAGGGGCAGUUGUGGCUUCCCACCUGUUCUUUCCAGCCCCACCACUCUUCUUCUCUUUUUCCAUAUUUAAUUGAGAAACUGCUCACCAGAUAUUUGACGCUGCAGGAAACCAAGGUAUGUAUUUUCACAACCAUUCUUAAAGUUAACGCCUUUUUCUCCUCAUUUGACAGGGAUGGUGCAUUUCAUACUGAAUAUAACCGAGCUGUGACAUUUAAGUCCAUAGUGGCCUUUCUGAAGGAUCCAAAAGGCCCCCCAUUGUGGGAAGAAGAUCCUGGAGCCAAAGAUGUUGUCCACAUUGACAGUGAAAAGGAAAAGCGGCAUGGAAAUCCCAAAGCUCAUCGUAUCUGGUGCGGCAUGUGCAAGAGGAUAAUGCCACAUUUCCAGAAGGCUGCGACCCAGCUGCGAGGCCACUUCGUGUUGGCUGGGAUGAACGUCUACCCCUCAGAAUUUGAGAACAUCAAGGAGGAGUAUAAUGUGCGAGGCUACCCCACCAUCUGCUAUUUCGAGAAAGGACGGUUUCUGUUCCAGUAUGACAACUAUGGGUCCACAGCUGAGGACAUUGUGGAAUGGCUGAAGAAUCCACAGCCGCCACAGCCCCAGGCCCCCGAGACUCCCUGGGCAGAUGAGGGCGGCUCCGUUUAUCACCUGACCGAUGAAGACUUUGACCAGUUUGUGAAGGAACACUCCUCUGUCCUCGUCAUGUUCCAUGCCCCAUGUGAGUGGAACCUUGCUCCUCCUGCCACAUCCUUUCCUCCGACAGUCAAUCCUUCCCCCUCUCCCACAGGGUGCCCGCACUGUAAGAAGGUCAUCCCACACUUUACCACCACCGCCGACGUCUUCAAAGAUGACCGAAAGAUUGCCUGUGCUGCUGUGGACUGCGUCAAAGAGAAGAACCAGGACCUGUGUCAGCAGGAGGCCGUCAAGGCUUACCCCACGUUCCACUACUACCACUAUGGGAAGUUUGCAGAGAAGUAUGACAGUGAUCGGACGGAAUUGGGGUUUACCAAUUUUAUUCGAACGCUCCGGGAAGGAGACCAUGAGAGACUAGGGAAGAAGAAGGAAGAGUUGUAAUUUCUGCCUCAGAGAAAGUUUUUCCAUUACACUGUGAAUGAUACCUGUUUUGUUGUUCUUUCUGCAUUUCCACGUGUCCUGAAGACAAAAUUUUUUAUAGCCGCUUAUGGCCAUUUUGUACAAUUUUGGAAAUAAAAUCAAACCAAUUGUUUGGUGGUGUGGGUUGUUUCCAUAGAGCCUGUACUCACAGAGAUGGAGGGAUGGGUACUUGUGUUGUCCCUCAUGCCACGUCCUCUCCUGGGAGGUGAAGAGCCACACGCCGGUGUCCCUUCUGUCCGGGAGACCUGUGAGGGCGGGGAGUAGGCACGAGGAGGGUGGCGUGGGACCCUGCCUCUCUCAGCCAUCGGAGAGCAGAACAGGAAGAUCAGACCACA